AUGUCGCCGCAAUUCGAAGAGAAGCCGUUCAGAGCGCGAACGUUGGGCGAGAGACUCGCGCCGACAAUCGAUGCGGCGACGAAAGAACGCAAUAGAGCGGCCCGGAAGGCGCGCAUUUCGGGCUGGGCGAUCAACAUAGCCAUCGGCCUGCAAGUUACGUUGGGCACGCUGACCACGAUGUUGUCGGCUAUCACGGUUGGCCGCGAGACAUCGAUUGUCACGGCGGUGCUCGGUGGUCUGGCGACGCUGGUGGCAUCGUACUCGGCGCGCGUAAGGGGGACAGAUGAGCCGGAGGCGAGCUUGCGGCGCGUGAAGGACAUGGAGCUGUUCAUUCGCGAGUGCGAGGCGUUCCAGACGGACCAUUUUCAUGUGGUGGACGACCCGCAUCUGGAGGCCGUGGUGCGAGGGAUGAGGAGAAGGUUCGAGGAGUUCAUGGGGAAUGGGCCUGAGCAUCAGUGA